ACACAGGGCUCACAGUCAAUAGGAAGAGAGAGCACACAGAGAGAGACACAGACAGAGAUUGUGACCAUUAGAGAAAGAGGAGAAAGAGGAGAGAGACCCCAGUGUUGUGGUUGAUUCAUCGAGGCAGUAGAGGCAGGAUGUGGGUCCUCAUCUGGGCAGUUCUACUUCUCUCUCUGACAGAGAGAACCACAUGCCAAAAUGAGACCCCUCCAGCAACAAUCAACAUCACCUUCAGUCCAGCAGAGAUAACACCACAGACUGGACUAUGUGCUGUUAUUCCAUGUUCGUUCACUCACCCUGAUGACUUCCUUGGUAGCAUAGCAAUGUGGCUUAAAUGCCCUGAUGAACGAUGUUAUAUUAAAUUCAACAUGGACUCUAUUUUCCACUCAAGAAAUUCCUCUAUAGCUCAGGAGGGUUAUAGAAGGCGAGUAGCACUACUGGAGACAGACCUGACAAAGAAGAACUGCAGUAUGAUCAUCAACGACAUCACUAAGACUGAUGACGGAGACUAUAAAUUUAGACUGUCCGGGACAUUGAACAGUAGAGAAAGAAUUAAAUUUACAUCCACAGAGAAAAUUAAAAUUGCAGUAAAAGCUCUGACCCAGAAGCCCUCAGUGUUGACUCCUCCUCUGACAGAGGGAGAACCAGCGACCCUGACCUGCACCGCCCCGGGGAUCUGCUCUGGAACUCCUCCUAACAUCACAUGGACAUGGAGUGGGACAGGAGACAACAUCACUGAGCUCAGAGACAACACCACUACACAAAGGAGAGAAGAUCUCACCCGCUUCACAACAACCCACUUCUCAACUUUGACCUUUACCCCCUCAGCUAAGCAUCACGGCACCAAGGUCACAUGUCUGGUGACCUUCAAUGGAAGCGUCACCACCAACAAGACACUGAAAUUGAAUGUGACACAGGAAGUAUCUAAAGACAUCUUGGCUCUGCUGUUGACCCCACCACUGAUUACUGCAGUUGUGAUUGGUGCAGCCUGCUCAGCCACCAUCUGUUGUAUCAUCCUGUGUUUCACAGGGAAAUAUAAAAAGUACAUGCAUCCUAUUACUGUCGAACAGAUACUAUUCACUGAACGCAAAGAGAGGACCCCAAAGACCUUAGACUCCAAAAGCCCUUUCACGAACCUGGAAAUGGUGGCAUGUGAAGACCAACAGAGAGAUGCAGGACAGGCAGUGAUGGGCGAACAGACACAUAUGCAGGUGGAGCUGAGGGAGGGAACUGAAAACGGAGGGCUCCAGACCAGUGGAGCUGCGGGACACUCUGCCCCAGGGGAAAAACCAAAAGAGGUGGACUACGCCAGUAUCAACUACUCCCUACUGAAGAAGAAGACACCUGAGGAGGCAGAGAAGAAGACCACUACCACAGAGUCAGACUACGUCGAAAUCAAACGAGAGAAGAAGAAUGAGGGGGGAAAAGAUGGUAGAGAGGGGAGUGGUGUGAUGGAAGAGGUGGAAGGGGAGGAGAUGAUAGGGAAGGACGUGGAGAAAGAGAACAGUAAGCCAGUACGAGAGACAGAUGAAGAUACAGCGCUUUACUCCAACGUCAAGGCUAUUUUUGGUGGAGAGUGACACAGCAAUUUUGUCUAGAAACACGGGAGAUAGCACUGUGUUUUCUCAUAUUCCAGACUGAAUGUUUUGUGAUGAUACAGAGACUUUGUUUAACUCAAUCUACUGUAGGUAAUAGUUUUGGUACUUCUUUAUUUUUCAGCCCUGUGUCAGCUGAAGCAAGUAUUUCUGGGAGGGUUAUACAUAUUUUUUAAGGAAGUUAAUGUAAUGUUAAUUUUGUAAUGAUUCUGUCUUGUGUCACCAUGGGGAAGGACUGACAAAGACAUGGUUUGGAGAAGUAGAGGUUUUCUCCUCUGUCCUUUCAUGUUUUGUCAUUUUGAUUUAACCCUAAGCCUAUUUAUUGAGGCACUACCUUACUUUUGAUGAUUGUGUAUAUUUAUAAAUGUAUGAGGGAAAGGAAGUAACCCGCACACUGCUCUUGAUAGUACCACUGAUCUUUAAUAAACUUUUGUGAGUUUUUUAAAAUAGCACCCUUAUGUAGACCUAGCCCUACCCACAUCCGUUCCACGCAUCGAAUGGGGUUGGAGGCGAGGUGAAAAACAAAUCACUGCUACCAAAUAUAACAAUAUGCAUUUCAUAAAUAUUCGAAUAAAGUGUGUACAUAAAACGUAUUAAACACGUCUGUAAAACCACAAUGAGGACAUCAACCUACCAAGCAAGCUUUCAUAAAUCCUUGGGUACAGUGUAAGAAAACGUCAGAGUAAUCUGAAAUAGGGGCAUAAUUCAUUUUCAAAUGUACAACAUCAAAUACAUAGGCAUUUCAAAUGUAAGAAUUUAAGGAAAUAGUGUAUGGAGGGGUGAAAAUCCAAAAACAUUCUCUUUUGCUCAGAGUAUUAUUAAUCUCACCUCCACUGUCUGAUAUCUUAACCUUCUCUAUGCCACAAAAUCUAAAGGUAGAAAUGUAAUGUUUAGGUCAUUAGAAUAUACUGCGACUGGAUAAUCCCUGUCGUUUCUCCUGAUUGAACUUUUAUGUUCACUAAUUCUCUGUUUGAGAGAACGAUAGGGUUUUACCGACAUAGCACAGCCCACAUGGACAUUUAAUAAUGUAGAUAACAUGAGUGGUGGCAACACAAU